AUGAGAUUCUUCAACACGGUUGCCGCCGUUGUCCUCGGACUGGCUGCAGUUGCCAAUGGCCACAUGGAGAUGAGCUACCCGCCUCCUUUCCGCUCAAAGUUCAACGCCAACUAUCCUGACCAUUUUAGCGAUGAAGCCUCCAACAUGAAAUCUCCCCUUGACUCGCAGGGAGGAAAUUACCCUUGCAAGGGCUAUCAUACAGAUCUCGGCACUCCCGCGGGCAAAUCGGUUGUCACUUGGGCUCCUGGCGGAAGCUACAACUUCACCAUCACCGGCCAAACCUACCAUGAUGGCGGCAGCUGCCAAGCAUCGCUCUCCUAUGACAAAGGCCAAACUUUCAAAGUCAUCCAUUCGUACAUUGGCGGGUGUCCUCCGCCGGGAGACUCGUCAUGGGACUUCACGGUGCCUGCCGACGCCCCCGCCGGCGAAGCCUUGUUCGCCUGGACCUGGUUCAACAAUUUGGGCAACCGUGAGAUGUACAUGAAUUGCGCGGCUGUCACUAUCGGCGCUGGCAAGAAACGCGCAGCUUCUGUUCCUUUUGCUAGUCGUCCCGAUAUCUUUCUUGCCAACAUCGGCCCCAAAGGCAACGGUGUCAUCACGCCUGACAGCAAGGAUGUCGACUUUCCCCAGCCUGGCAAUGAGGUUGAUCGUCGCCCGAGCCUGAAUGCUGCAGCACCUCCUGCUGGCGGUUCGUCGGGUAGCCCAGUAGCUCCUCCGCCUGCCGUAACAUCGGCCCCGGCUCCGGCUCCGGCUCCAACUUCUGCUUCUCAGGGCCCGAGUGGUGUUUUCGUCACCGCACCCACGGCAGAGCCAACAGCUCCCGCCGACGGCACCAGUUCCAGCAAACCUUCGGCCGCAACUUCGGUGUCAGCCUCUUCAGCGGCCGCUGUGCCUCAGCCUACCACUGGCAGCGGCAAUUCCAGCCCUUCCAGCCCUUCCAGCCCUUCCAACGGGACACUCCCUGCGAGCUCUUCGACGACUGCAGGAUCAAAGUGUUCUACAGAGGGUCAGUGGAACUGCCUAUCUGGCGGAAAGUCAUACCAGCGGUGCGCUGCCGGACUGUGGUCCAUCUCUAUGCCUGUGGCCGCGGGAACUUCAUGUAAGCCCGGACUGGGCGAUUCCCUUGUAGUGGCCAAGAAGCGAAGCGGUUCAGGCUUUGUCCCAAGACGCCGUUUCGUCUAUGAACAAAACCACGGAAAGCGGGUGUCUUCUUGGAUGGGCUAG